GUUUGUUGUUGUCGUUGUUGUUGUUUUGGUUUGGGUUUUUGCCUUCUUCCAAGUUUGGGAUUUCUUUUUUUUUUUUUUUUGAUCUCAUAAAGCAAACCUGUUUUCUGGAUGGAGGCCCAGCGGAACUUGUUCCGGCCGCACGUCUCGGUCAGAAGGAACGCUUCUGCAGCGGCAGGAAGGGAGGCUCGGGAUCCGGGCCUGGGGUUCCGCCGCCGCGCCCCUCCCCACUCCCCGCGGCCCGCUGGAACGCGUACGGCCGGGGACGGUGGCGGGUACGCGCGCGAGGCAAGCGGCGCGCACGGCCGGGUAGGCGCGCGGGGGCCGCGUGGGGCGGCGGCGUCCUGGCCCCCAGAGCCGGUCUCGCGCGCUGGGAGUCUUCCUUCCGCCGCCGCCGCCGCCACAUCCCGGGACCCUACGGGCCGCGGCGCGGAGGCCGCCAGUGGCGGCGCAGAGGCCUCGGGGCAGGGUGGGGCGGGUCUCCCGCGCUCCUGGGACCCCGCGCGCUUCGCCCACAGGCCCGGCGAGGCCCGACCCGCGCUGCGCCCCCAGGGCCGGGGGAGGAGCCUAAGGACCCGGACGAGCGCCGCUCCAGUAGGUGACAAGAGGAACCAAGAACCUCAGUUCAGGGGAAACACAGCAAGGAAAUGUGAGCCCCAGGCUGCAGAAGGAAGAGUCAGUGAAUGGCUGCAGUGUGACAACAUGCACCACCAGUGGCUGCUGCUGGCCGCGUGCUUUUGGGUGAUCUUCAUGUUCAUGGUGGCUAGCAAGUUCAUCACGUUGACCUUUAAAGACCCAGAUGUGUACAGUGCCAGACAGGAGUUUCUGUUCCUGACAACCAUGCCGGAAGUGAGGAAGUUGCCAGAAGAGAAGCACAUUCCUGAGGAACUGAAGACGGAGUCUUGCUCUGAUGCCCACGCUGGAGUGCAGUGGUGCGAUCUCAGGCUCGCUGUAACCUCCACCUCCCAGGUUCAGCCAACUGGGAAGGAGCUUCCAGACAGCCGGCUCGUUCAACCCCUGGUCUACAUGGAGCGCCUGGAACUCAUCAGAAACGUCUGCAGGGAUGACGCCCUGAAGAAUCUCUCGCACACUCCCGUCUCCAAGUUUGUCCUGGACCGAAUAUUUGUCUGUGACAAGCACAGGAUUCUUUUCUGCCAGACUCCCAAAGUGGGGAACACCCAGUGGAAGAAAGUACUGAUUGUUCUGAACGGAGCCUUUCCUUCCAUUGAGGAGAUCCCCGAAAACGUGGUGCACGACCACGAGAAGAACGGCCUUCCUCGGCUCUCUUCCUUCAGUGAUGCAGAAAUUCAGAAGCGAUUGAAAACAUACUUCAAGUUUUUUAUUGUAAGAGAUCCCUUCGAAAGACUUAUUUCUGCAUUUAAGGAUAAAUUUGUUCACAAUCCCCGGUUUGAGCCUUGGUACAGGCAUGAGAUUGCCCCUGGCAUCAUCAGAAAAUACAGGAGGAACCGGACGGAGACCCGGGGGAUCCAGUUUGAAGAUUUCGUGCGCUACCUGGGCGAUCCGAACCACAGAUGGCUAGACCUUCAGUUUGGGGACCACAUCAUUCACUGGGUGACGUAUGUGGAGCUCUGUGCGCCCUGUGAGAUAAUGUACAGUGUGAUUGGACACCACGAGACCCUGGAGGACGAUGCCCCCUACAUCUUAAAAGAGGCUGGCAUUGACCACCUGGUGUCAUACCCGACCAUCCCUCCGGGCAUCACCGUGUAUAACAGAACCAAGGUGGAGCACUAUUUCCUGGGCAUCAGCAAACGAGACAUCCGACGCCUGUAUGCACGUUUCGAAGGGGACUUUAAGCUCUUUGGGUACCAGAAACCAGACUUUUUGCUAAACUAAUGCAUAGGACCUAUGAAUUCAAAUAUCUUUGUUAGACCUGGGGCUAACCAGGUGGAGGUCGGAGCCCAGAAAUGACCCUUUCUCCACCACACCCCUCCUUUUAGGAUGCCUGGGGUCUCCCACAGGGCUGUGAGUUGCCUCGACAUAUGACUCAGGACCCCGACUGUUACAACUUAGUUCGGAUGUAAGAUGCUCUGAGGACCCUGCCCCCACCCCUGCCAUUGUCGUUAGGAUGUCGCUGGCCUUUGCUUACCUCAGACGGGAGAGAAGACUUAAGAUUUGCAGUUUGACAGCCCAGCAGGGAGGACGCAUCACACAGCGUUAGGAGCCAUUUCCCUCAGGUGUCAAGGAAGGGGAUGGCCCUGAGGUUCUCCUGGCUAGUUGGGGUGGCCUCACCCGUCACUGGGUCACUGGUUGGUUGCAGGAACAGCACCCAGCACUCUGAGGAGGGACAGAGAAGCAAGGGGACUGCUGAAACCACAGAGGCUCUUGCAGCAUCAGAUCUGAGGAAUAAAACGGCACCUCUGGCCUUCAUCUGGGUGCUGCUACGAUUGUGGAGGCAAAGCAUUCUUUCUGUGACUGUUUUGUUCCCGUGGUCAGCGAUGGCCAGAGGGUGGUGUGGUGGGUGUGUGGGGGUCCAUCUCCACCUGUCUCCUCCAGGGAGCUCCCACCUUGGAGCUGAAGACUAGCAGGGGCCACGUGCCAGCAUCACAGGAUUCAGUGUCGUUUACAUAUUUCGAUUCCUUUCAUCUCAGCAAAAUGGGCACCGCCAGAGCCAUUUCUCAUCAUGCCACCAUCCUGGACCAUGUGACUGGAAGGUGGGUAACCAAGUUCACCAGCAAUAAAACCCAUGGCCCAGGUAGCCUCCAGCAGCGUGACUUCCUGGCAGCGAGGUAGGCCCUGGUGCAGGGCAAGCCACAGCGACCAUCUCAGAUACCAUCCACAGCCAGGGCCGCCGUGACCCGGGACAGUUUCCUGGGGUGAGUGCCAGCCUGAGCCUGCAUGGUGCUGCCGAGCCCGGGGUAGAGGAGGGAGUCAGGCUUUGCUUCAAGGAGGCCUCUACCUUUUCUCAGAAUGGUUUCCUGAAUGUGUCAAUGUGAAAGUAAAAUAAAAUGUGUGUGCCAAACCUGACAUGAGCUGCGGUUCUGGGAAGGGCGCCUGUGGCCACACGUGCCCCAGCCAGGGGGGGUAGGCAGGUGUGCGUGCGUGCACGGCUGCUUAGGGCAGGCAGACCACAGGAGGCCCAGCUUUCAGCCGCCAUGGACGCACAGUGCCGAGGACACCAUGCUGGGUUAUUUUUCUACAAUAUUUAGCAAAGUCUUGUUACAGUUUCAGAUCAAAUGAGCUGAUUGAUGACCUCUUUGCUGUUUGGAAUCUAACUGGAUCUGUAUAUGAAUGGAAGGCCUUAAAGCUAGUCUUAAUUAAAAUAGUGUUUUCCCUCACAAA